AUGGAAUCGCAACCCCGCAAGCUCUCCGGCCAAUACCACCUCACCGGCGCGGACAUUGUCGAAUCCAUCGACGAUCUGGGCUCGGACGGCCGGUGGGAGGAGCUGCAGCGCCAUGCCCACCAGCCCACCGCCGAGAUGCCCCAGGGCGACACCUCCACCAGCUUCACCGCCAACAAGGUCCCGGACCGGUCGCAGUCCUUCCGCCCGUAUGAGGGCAAGGCGUCGAUGGGUACCGAGCAAAGCGAGGAUAUUCAUCCUCCUGAGUAA